AAGCUUACAUGUUACACCUGUCAAGCCGAGUUGUUUUCUGCCACCAUCUCGACCUACAAUACCGUGGCGAGAUGACAUCCACGAAAUAACUUUGCCUUUGGGGGCUUGAAUCGCGGAUUGCUCCUGCGGUGGGAACGACUCACCCAUGCUCACGUACUCGAAACAACCCGAUGAUGCAAGCGGAUAUGCAAUUCCUGAAUGAGAUCUAAGUUACGUUUAGUGGUUGCUUUCAAGCAUCUGUAGCAAUACUGCGACCCUUUUCAGCUUUGGACUGUUCUACUAGUGCACCGUUUCUUUCUGUCGGACUGUGAAUGAAUUAAACGUUUCCCGAGACUGCAGCAGUGCAGGGCACACGCCUAGCCUGCGUUGAUCCUUCAACACCACUGAGGUUACAGCGUGUUAGUUGUACACCUUUCUAUCCGGUGGUGGCCGCCGCGAGUCUACCAAGCAAGCUACAGCUUAGCCGUAGCUGCUGCUAUGUGCAAAUUCUGGCCGUGAGGUGAUUUUCCAUUUCGAGAAGUUGCUGGAGAAACUGAACAGAUUCUUUACAUAGGGUCAACAUCAGACUUGAUUCUUCCCACUCCACUAAGCAGCGUUUUCAAGCAUACUGAUUCUGAGUUACAGCACCUCCUUGGAGAAGACAGACAAUGGGUCAAUACAGGAUUCCGCAGGUAGCGCUAGAGCCAUGGCAGGAGUUGGACACCACCACCGCCACCGCCCCUGCUGCUGUGUCCCUGACUGGAAAAGAAGAGGCGAGGUGUUCAGCACGACCCCAACGUGCCGUGCGUGUGCACGGUGGUGGACACAGUCCAGGCGUGCGUGGAUUUGCAUUAGGCCUGAAGCGAAUGACAAGCCCUGCAAUGAUCUUCUUCUUGAUCGCACUCAGUGUGAUGACGGCAAUGGAGGCUCAUGCACAGUGUACUAUACCUACAUGUCACAUCCUGCAAGUCCGCGAUGGUGAAUCUCAGCAGCCAUGUUCUGCAGCAUGCCAAUGCCACGGUGCUAACAGCAUAUGUGAGUACGGAGAAGCUGAGGCAGCCAUGAGCGCAGCAUUGGAGAGUACCGAGACGACAGGGUGUCCGGCAGAAGUUCACGUUUGUCCUGGUGUUCAUGCCGUCUCCAGCGAGAUAGAGCUUGUGUUCCGCAGCGCCAGCUCUCGCAUUAGCCUCAUCGGUGUGAAUAGUGGUGCAACGCUGAUGGCGGUGAACGCUACACGCAUUCUCCACAUCAACGCCUCCAGUGCGAGCAACUCUUCCCACAUGCACAUGUCAGGUCUCACGCUAUCACACGGCGACGUGAGAGUAGAUGAUAUGAAUGCCCCGGUGACCAGUAACAACGCAGAGCCGAGUGGCAACGCCACCAUUGGUGGUGGGUGCAUGGCGUUGUCAGGACAUGUACACGUUGAGGUUCAGAACACAACGUUCACUGAUUGCUCUGUGACGGUGAACAGUGUCGAUAUUGCGCAGUCCGGUGGCGGGGCCGUCUAUAUCAGUGGACCUGUGCAGGCUGUGUUCACUGCCUGUCGCUUUCAGAACAACCGCCUGUAUUCGAAAGUCAUCAACGCGGCUAAGCGUGCCUAUCUUAACAGCAUCGCGCACGUCCCAGGCAGUGCACUGCAUGCGUUUGGUAAUGACAUCCGGCAGCACCUGCUAGUCCACGACUGUGUAUUUGAGCAUAACACAGUGCUGAUCUCCAACACCAGCUGCAGGGCUGUCUACCAACGGCACGCCGGGGAUAUCUCGAUCGCCGACAAAACAUUCGUAAUGGCCGCUGCCUUGGCACUGACUGGUAGAUCUAAGGUGUUCAUCACGGGAUCCACUCGAUUCAGUAAUAACAAUGCCGCCAUGUGUCCGCCAGAGGCAUGGCCACUGGAUAUCAGCAUAAACAAUCUAAAUGAUGAUCCGUCUUUGGACAAUUUCGGUGUUACUGCGCUGCAAGUGUGCAUCUCCAAUGACACCCUGAUUGCCAACAUUGCCGUGGUGGAGGGAAAGCUAUGGCUCCACUCAGAUCAAUGCAGUUCAGCUGCCGCGGCGACCCUGUCUGGUCGUACCACACAGCCAACUAGCGUGGCACCCGCAGCGACGAGUCCUCCACAUGCCACACGUCAAUCCAACCUCACCACCCUGUUCAUGCUCGGACGACUGGCUUCCAUGAAAGUGCCAGGCGAGCUACACAUAAGUCGCCUCUUUAUCUGGCUGGGCGGUGAGUUGGGGCUAAGUAAGGUACUGUCCGUCAAUGGCUUCACGCUGGCUCUGUCUAACCAGCCCAAUAUCAACAGCCUAGUGGAUGCAGAUGGCCGUGCCGCGGGGUUAAGUGCCGGCACGGUCCAGCUCAUCACGGACGGUUCUGUAAUACUGGGCGGCACCUUCCUUGUUGUCACGCACACGCUGAAUGUUGUCAACUACAUGUGUGCUGACCUGACGAUCACCACACAGUUCCAAGUGAUUGGGAUCUUCUACCUGACCAUGAUCAACAUGGGACAUAUCUUUGCUCAGGGGACAUUUCCUUUGCUAGAAUCAUUCGUUCAAAAGGAGAAUGGAUACCUGGAGUUUCAGAAUGAUCACCGCCACAAUAGCUCAACGGGCAAUGCAUUCUCGCGGCUGAGCAAGCUGACUCUUCAAGGCCACUUGGGAGUAACGUUUGGCGACACCCAGUGUGAGAGGUGCUCACUGCUGGAGUUCUACGUUCGGCUGCUCAACCAGAACAGGGCAAACCCGAUUCAAUUUAUUAAGUCGCCAGUGAAACCAGAUAUUGAUGGAUUGCAAAGCUUGGAUCCACGCUUGUCAUUGAAUUUUUCAACAGAUCGUUACGUUGCAGAGGGUGAGACCAAGCCAGUCUCCCCACCACUGUACAUACUGGAUGUGCGUGUCCUAGGGAUAGCUUGCUCGCUGCUGACAACAUGUGGGUGCAAAGUCUGCCGCACGCUACAUGGCUGUGCUUGGUUUACAAACAGCACCCCCGGAGAUCAUGAUUUUGAUUGCAGCACCCAGGAGGACCGGGCCAAUGAAGUAAAUUUUCCAACAGGAGGAGUGUGCGGUGACUCGACCAUUCCUCAGCGGCCAGUGACUGGCUCCAAGCACUCUCUUCAUGAGGUCUUGAGUGCAGUGUACAAGUCGAAAAGCGUGAGAACAUGCUGCCUGAAUGAUUGUAACGGCUUCACAGACUCGUGCGGUUCAGACCUAGUAUGUCACUGUGUCUGGUACAGGGCUGGUAACUACUGUGAAAGCUAUUCUGACAAUGUGUGGUACGCGGUGGGCUUCGGUGUCCUCGGCAUACUGGCUCUUGCCUUGAUACUCAUCAUCUCAUUACGCCACUACCAGGGCAAGAAAAGAACCAUGGCCAGUGUGUCCAAGUGGCAGACUGAAAUGUGCACCCAGUGGAUGCUUGACGCACAGCAGCUUAUCAAUGAUGGCCAGGCGUUCCCUUCGGCCUUCCUGAUCGACUUCCAAGAACUCCAGAUCCUCGAUAAAAUCGGAGACGGUGGCUUUGGGGAGGUUUAUGCUGGCAAGCUACGCGAGGUCACAGAUGUUGCUGUUAAGCGGAUCCUAGACUUUACAAUGCAGGAUACAGAAGACCUGGAAAGGUUUCGAAGUGAAGCGUCUUUGAUGUGUAGUCUUCACCAUCCCAAUAUAGUGCAACUAAUGGGCAUUGCCGUCGAUGACCAAAACAUCCACAUCAUCAUGGAAUACAUGGCAAAGGGCUCUGUUAAAAGUCUACUUGAAGACCCUGAUUUCAAGUUUGACUGGAAACUUCGGAUCAAUAUG